GUCGUGGCGCGAAAAUUCUUCAUUGUGCGGACAGACCUUAGAAAGCUGCACAUCGGUCGGAUUUGUUUAGCAUUUAAUAACGUUUUUUCCCUCCCCAGCUAAAUAAACUCAAACUCUUGCAUCAUGGCUACCGAUGUUGUAGAUGACCUUUCGAUGAGGGAGGCACAGAGAGAUUAUUUGGACUUUCUGGACGAUGAUCAAGACCAGGCCGUUUACCAAAGCAAAGUCCGUGACAUGAUCAGCGAGAAUAAGUCUCGUCUCAUCGUCAACAUUAACGACCUGAGGAGACGCAAUGAAGCACGGGCUGCCAAGUUGAUGAACAAUGCUUUUGAAGAGCUGAUGGCCUUCCAGCUGGCCCUGAAGGACGUGGUGGCCUCGGUGGACGCCACCUACGCCAAACAGUACGAGGAGUUCAACGUCGGCUUGGAAGGAAGCUUCGGCACCAAGCACGUCACCCCGAGGACGCUCACCUCCAGGCUGCUGGGCAGCAUGGUCUGUGUGGAGGGCAUCAUCACCAAAUGUUCCCUUGUGCGCCCCAAAGUGGUGCGCAGCGUCCACUAUUGCCCCGCCACCAACAAGACCAUGGAGAGGAAGUACACAGAUAUGACUUCUUUGGAUGCUUUCCCUUCUAAUUCCAUCUACCCCACCAAGGACGAAGAGAACAACCCGCUAGAAACAGAGUUCGGACUGUCUGUCUACAAGGACCACCAGACCAUCACGGUUCAGGAGAUGCCGGAGAAAGCCCCGGCGGGCCAGUUGCCUCGCUCUGUGGACAUUAUUCUGGACAAUGACUUAGUGGACGUGGUCAAACCAGGAGACAGAGUGCAGGUCAUCGGAACGUACCGCUGCCUGCCUGGAAAGAAGGGAGGCUUCACAUCUGGGACAUUCAGGACUAUCAUGAUCGCCUGUAAUGUCAAACAGAUGAGCAAGGAAGUGUCCCCAACCUUCAGUGCCGAAGACAUCAGCAAAAUUCGAAACUUCAGUCGCAGUCGCUCUGUCAAUGUUUUCGAUCAGCUGGCUCGCUCACUGGCCCCCAGCAUCCACGGUCACGAAUACAUCAAGAAGGCGAUUCUCUGCAUGUUGCUUGGUGGGGUCGAGAAGGUGCUGGAAAACGGCUCGCGACUCAGAGGAGACAUCAACAUUCUGCUCAUUGGUGACCCUUCUGUUGCCAAAUCUCAGCUUCUGCGUUACGUUCUCCACACCGCACCGAGAGCAAUCCCCACCACUGGACGGGGCUCCACUGGGGUUGGCUUGACCGCCGCUGUCACCACUGACCAGGAAACCGGGGAGCGGCGUCUGGAGGCCGGCGCCAUGGUGCUGGCUGACCGCGGCGUGGUGUGCAUCGACGAGUUUGACAAGAUGUCCGACAUGGACCGCACGGCCAUCCACGAGGUCAUGGAGCAGGGUCGAGUCACCAUCGCUAAAGCCGGCAUCCACGCCCGCCUUAAUGCCCGUUGCUCUGUUCUGGCGGCCGCCAACCCCGUCUACGGCAGAUAUGACCAGUACAAGACCCCCAUGGAGAACAUCGGACUGCAGGACUCCUUGCUGUCACGUUUCGACCUCCUCUUCAUCGUGCUGGAUCAGAUGGACCCGGAGCAGGACCGGGAGAUUUCUGACCACGUCCUCAGGAUGCACCGCUAUCGUGACCCCCGUGAGCAGGAGGGUGCAGCAAUGGCUCUAGGCGGCUCAGUCGACGUCCUGGCCACAGACGACCCGGAUGUUGUGGCGCAAGAGCACGAAGAGCUGCAGGUCUUUGAGAAACACAACAACCUGCUGCAUGGAAAUAAAAAAAAGAGAGAGAAGAUUGUCAGCAAAGAAUUUAUGAGGAAGUACAUCCACAUCGCCAAGGGGGUGACGCCGGUGCUGACGGAGGAGGCGGCCAAUCAUAUCGCAGAAGAGUACUCAAGGUUGAGGAGCCAGGAGCAGCUGAGUGCUGAUAUUGCCAGAACGUCUCCAGUUACGGCUCGUACGCUGGAGACCCUGAUCCGUCUGUCCACGGCUCACGCCAAGGCCCGCAUUAGCAAAGUGGUUGAGAUUGAAGACUCUGAGGUUGCGGUUGAGCUCGUCCAGUUCGCUUACUUCAAGAAGGUGCUCGAGAAAGAAAAGAAGCGUUCCAGAAAGCAACAGGCUUCUGGCUCGGAUGAAGAGGAAGCGGCAGAGGAGGCAUCCACUCAGAAGUCACAGAGAUCUCAGACAAAGAGGGUGCGCCGUGGGUCUCAGGGCAGCGAGCCCUACAGUCCAUAUGACUUCAGUGAAGAGCAGGAAGUCCCUGAGAUUCAGGCCUCUGCAGGGAAAAAAGCCAAGCGGACGCAGGAGCAGGAGGGACAAAUGGAUACCGCCUCACCGGCUGAGGUCGCUGAGCUCUCUACUGAAAGGCUGAAGGAGUUCAAGUCGUCCCUGUUGGCCGUUUUCCAGUCUGGCCACGCUCAGUCGGUAAAGAUGCAGGUGCUGAUGGACGGCAUCAACAAAGAGCGUCAGGUGCGCUUCACCGAGGCGGAGGUCCGCGCCGCUUUGACUCGCAUGCAGGAUGAUAACCAGGUCAUGGUGGCUGAUGACAUCAUCUUCCUCAUCUGAGAACAGGUUCAAGGAUGAGCGUAAUUGUGCAUAUUGACGCACAACUGGCACAACUCCUACAAGCAAUGUCCUUAACUGACUUCCACCUGUGAUUUGUGCUUAUCUAUAGUUUUGAUCAGUCUGCAUAAGAGAAUGUAUUUGCUACCACCUUCAUCCAGGAUGCACAGUCUUGAGUUUAGAAAGCCACAGAUGACUCAUACCACCCAUGUCUCAAAAGAAAGAGCUUGUUAAUUUUUUAUUUAAAGUUGUACUUUUUUUUUUUCUUCUAAAGGUAAUCAACAACAUCUUAUAAAAACACAGUGUCAUCACAUGUCAUCUCCUUAAGGUUUGUUUCUCUCCAAUUUUGUUUUUCCCAAACUGUUUAAUUUUUCCUCUGAUGACUCAAGGUUGAAUUUUCACUGAGGUCAAAUAUCACAUUUCAUGAGCCAAAAAUUUGAAAUAUGUGAAGAAAUUGUGAUUACAGUGAGAUUCGAACCCAGAACAUCUGAUUGCAAAGAUGUCUGCCACAUGAGUCUUUGUAGUCUAAAUGUGUUGCUGU